AUGGGGGUUAGCACUAGGGGUUUAAGACCUCCCACUGCCUCCCUCCCUCCCACUGCCUCCCUCCCUCCCACUGCCUCCCUCCCUCCCACUGCCUCCCUCCCUCCCACUGCCUCCCUCCCUCCCACUGCCUCCCUCCCUCCCACUGCCUCCCUCCCUCCCACUGCCUCCCUCCCUGCCCCUUCCACUCUCCCCCCAGGCCCGGACGGCAUGGCCAAGGACGCAUUUGACUAG